AUGGAUCCUGGCACGUUCGCAUGCUCGCAAUGCGACAAAUCAUAUUCAAGGAAAAGCCAUCUACUUCGGCAUGAGCUAACACACACAAACCAACUCUCAGCAAGCUGUCCGAUCUGCAAAAAGGAAUUUCAAAAACCAGAAGUAGCCCGAAGUCACAGCAAGUUAUGCGCAAAGAAGCAUAACCAGCCUAUCCCGCCAGCAGCCAGAGCCGGCAGGAAGAAGCUCUCUUGUGAUGAGUGCUUUGUUGCCAGGACAGCAUGCGAUAAAGUGACGCCUUGCUGUUCUCGGUGUCAUGCGCUAGGGCGUCAAUGCUCUUUCAGGGUGAAUGGGUCGCAACGCCAGGUUGCUAGUGACUGCUCGACUGUUGCCGUUGUGAAAGAGUCAAAUAGCAGCACCGCUGCUACUACUGGUGGCAGUGGCACUGAUAGCUAUGAAUUUAUAGGCAAUGAGCCCUUUUACUUUCUUCUUCGCUUUACCGAUCCUUCCGUGAAAAGAGACAGAUUGGCUAUUGCGGAGACUGCAGGGUGCUCCAUUAGAAGAAAUCUUGCGACUGUUUACUCGUCUCUUGAGAGCUCUCUUUUCCCUGUCAACAAUUCUUUGCAGUUCUUUAUCAAUGACCUUGUGGACCCUGGUCUGUUGACUCUCAAUGGCACAGUCACAGGAGAUGAUUACUACCAUUUGGAUGAAUUUAUCUCUGAUGGCGUUGCCUCUGCGGCUUCAGAGUUGUCGAAUCAAUUACAUAAAAUUGCGACAGAAUUAGUUGAGACGUCCCAGUCCAUGAUAUUUAACAACGACAACAGCACUGGAGACGACAGGCAGAAGAAUGUGCUUGACAUUGCAGAAUUGGACCCCCUUUUUACUGCUUCAAACCUUUCGGUGUUCAUUUCUGCCUUCUUUCAUUCACUUCACUGGCACAUGCCCGUCGUGCACUGUCCGACCUUUGAUCCUGGCAAAGUCUCGAGCUGCCUUCUCCUGGCCAUCUUUCUCGCCGGCGCGGCUUAUACUGUACCCUUUAACAGCGCCGAUUUACCGCCGACGCUUCUCACUGUGGCUGAAGAAUAUAUUUUUCGAAGGAUUGCAAAUCUGUCAACAACAACUCAGGACAAUUACUUUCCCCUACGAGGCUCGGCAAUAGAAGCUGUCCAAGGUGCUUUGAUAGUUGAAAUGCUUCAGUUCUCACAAGGGGAUCCACUGGCUAGGCGUCGUAUUCGCAUUAUCAGGCAUCCAUGCCUGGUUUCGACUAUUCGUUCCUUGGGUCUGUUUCAUUUCAAACGUAGAAUGGCUCCCAUGUACUGUGAAGAGAGUGCAUGGAGGGAAUUGGUAGAGGAGGAGGUCUGUAUACGUACUAGUAACCUUGAUCGUAUGCCCUGGAAUGGCUCCUUAUCUGUAGAACAUCUUCUUAUACUGAUAUACGAACAAAGUCUGCACCUUGGCUAUCCGAAACAUGCCGAGGAGCUUUGGUGGCUUUUGAUGACUACGUUGGACGUCUCAAAUCAUAGCGGUGGGAGGAAUUUUCAGUAUUUGGAUGCUACUGCGACUGAUGAUUUGGGGAAGUUGAAUGAAUUCAUUCAGUUUGCGUCACCAUGGACGGGGGCGUUGGAUGAGGGUUAG